AUGUUGGAACUGCGUCGUGUGCGUUCGGGCAUUCAAUCGGAGGGCGACGGCAUGGUAACCAUGCAUGACGUCCUCGAUGCCAUGUGGCUGUACGAGAACCACAAGGACGAGUCGAUGCUGCGUCGUGUGAUAAAACCGUUGGAGGGUCUGCUGGUCAACCACAAGCGCAUCAUAAUGAAGGACAGUUCGGUGAAUGCUGUGUGCUAUGGCGCCAAAAUCAUGUUGCCUGGGGUCCUGCGCUAUGAGGAUGGCAUUGAGAUCGAUCAGGAGAUUGUCAUAUGCACAACCAAGGGUGAGGCCAUUUGCCUGGCCAUUGCUCUGAUGACCACGGCCACAAUGUCGUCGUGUGAUCAUGGCGUUGUGGCAAAGAUAAAGCGUGUGAUAAUGGAGCGCGACAUAUAUCCGCGUAAGUGGGGAUUGGGUCCCAAGGCUUCCGCUAAGAAGGCACUCAUCGCUGCCGGAAAAUUGGACAAGUUUGGCAGGCCCAAUGAGAACACGCCUAAAGAAUGGCUCACCGGCUUUGUCGACUACAAUGCCAAGAAGCCAGCGGCGGCAGUGGCCCCACAGACACCCGUCAAAGAAACCCACUCCAAUGGCUCGGACGAACCGUCCAAGUACCGAGGAGGCGGCACAGGGAGCGGGAGCUGA